AUGGGUAAAGUCCACGGUUCUCUCGCUCGUGCGGGUAAGGUCAGGUCUCAGUGUCCUAAGGUCGAGAAACAAGAAAAGAGGAAGAAGCGGUGCGGUCGUGCUCACAAGAGGGAGCAAUACGUUCGUCGAUUCCUCGUCGUCAGUGUCGCGCCAGGUGGCAAGCGUAAAGUGAACCCCCAACCCGCGGGUAAAUCCGGUUGA